ACCACACGACACCCCCUCGUCUACACAUCUCUAGGCGACGCCAGAGCGCACGCACCGGGUGGCGCUCCCGCCACGUCCCUCCCCACGCGUCCCUCUCCGCCUCCGCCUCCGCCUCCGCCGCCGCUUCCACCCCCUCGGAAAACGCCGUGACCCGCCGACCCCCUCAGAUUUGCCCCCAAACCCCGACCGCCAAACCCUCGCCACAUCGCCCACCGCACCCCAGCGCCUCCCUCCCCAUGCUGCCGCUCGCCCGCCGCCUGCUGCCGCGCGGCCGCCGGCCCCUCCACGCGGGCCCGCCGGCGGACCCGGGCGUGCUGGCGACCCGCCUGGCGUCCCGCGCCGUGGUCCGGUUCCGGGGCCCCGAGGCGGCGCGGUUCCUCAACUCGCUCCUCACCAACGACCUCCUCUCCCAGGGCGCCCCCGCCUCGUCCCAGCCGCAGCGGUACGCGCCCACGCCCAACGCGCCCGCCCGGGCCCCGCCGCCGCGGUACGCCGCGCUGCUCACGCCGCAGGGCAGGUUCCUCUACGACCUCUUCCUCUACCGCCCCGCCCCGCGCUCCCAGAUGCUCGACCGCACCGGCUCCGCGCCGCAGGCCGGGGAGGUGGAGGGCGGGGACGGGGAGGUGCUCGCCGACGUCGACGCCGCCGAGGUCGACGAGCUGCUCGCCUGCUUCAAGAGAUAUCGGCUACGGAGCAAGGUUGAGAUAGAUAAUGUAAGCGAGGAGUUUCUGUGCUGGCAAAGAUUUGGGAGCGAUGUGGCACAUGCUGCGCCUUCCACCCAAGAACCCGAGGCUCAAUCCAUUGGAUGGGGACAAGGUAGUGACCAUGCUGCUGAGUCAUCUGCACAAGGGAACGGUCAUGGUUGGCAGUGGCUCAAAGAUCCUCGGCUUGACAUUCUUGGCUACAGAGGAAUCUUUCCAGCUGAUACAAUACCACCACUUGUCGAGGCUGACAAAGAAGCAGAUGAACGCCACUAUUUGCUUUGGCGUAUAGAAAAUGGGGUUGCAGAAGGCUCAACUGAGAUACCAAAAGGUGAAGCAAUUCCACUUGAGUACAAUCUCGCAGGCCUGAAUGCUAUUUCAUUUGAGAAGGGUUGCUAUAUUGGUCAGGAGCUUAUCGCACGCACACACCACCGUGGUGUCAUUAGGAAGCGCCUGCUACCCUUGAAGUUCGUUGAUGAAAACGACCAAGAACUCGAGCAGGCUGUUGCUCCAGGCUCAGAUGUCGUGGACGACGCCUCCGGUAAGAAAGUCGGUACAGUAAGCACCGCUCUCGGCAGCCGUGGGAUGGGCCUGUUGCGGCUCGAAGCAGCACUGAAGGAAAACGCAAGCCUCACCAUCAGCGACAACAGAGAUGUGAGGGUCAAGGCGAUCAAGCCGGACUGGUGGCCGGCUGAGUGGACAGAGGUCUUAGGACAGCAGAGCGCGGUCGCUUGAUCUUUUAAAGUUCCUGUAUCUGACCAAAACUUCAAGUUAAAUGAAGUGAUGAGGUUCUUCGGAGUUCAUCGAGGCAAACCUGAAGGAUUUAGGCGCCGUCGUUACGGGAGCAGUUGCAGACAAUUCAGCAAAGCAGAGGUGAUCUGACCGUGGUCUGUUGUUUUCUGGACCUAAUUUCUUCUUUACCCUCCCUUGUAUCAGUGAUAGAUCAAGAAUAAGCUACUAUGACAGUGUACAAAGUAUACGCUCGAAUAAGUAUCGUUGUUUAGGGUUUGCCACUUCCCAAAAAUGUUCUCUUCCCACCGUUCCUGAAACGGAUGAUCUAAUUUGGCAAAAAAAUUAUCUUGCUAGUUUA